AUUUCAUGCCCCAGGGUCAAAUCAAUUGCUCGUCUUCGGAUCUAUCCAGAAGGAGUUUUUUUUCCGGUGGGACAUUAACACAAGCAGUUGGACGACACACGAAUUGCAGUCUAAGCUACGAACCUGUUUGAGCUUCUUCUUCUCCGCAUCGAAUACAAGUUUAAUGUCGUCGAUAUAUGUAUCGGAGCCUCCCACGAAGGGUAAGGUUGUACUCCAGACCAAUUACGGGGCGAUUGACAUCGAAUUAUGGCCAAAGGAGGCGCCGAAAGCCGUGAGAAACUUCGUUCAACUGUGCGUUGAUGGUUACUACGAUGGCACAAUAUUCCAUCGCAUUAUUAAGUCUUUCAUGGUUCAAGGUGGUGAUCCCACUGGAACUGGCACAGGUGGUGAAAGCAUAUAUGGAGGUACAUUUUCUGAUGAGUUCCAUUCACGUUUAAGAUUCAGCCAUAGGGGUAUAGUUGCUUGUGCAAAUACUGGUUCACCACAUUCAAAUGGAAGUCAAUUCUUUAUAACCCUAGAUAAAUGUGAUUGGCUAGACAAGAAGAAUACAAUAUUUGGCAAGGUCACUGGAGAUUCAAUAUAUAAUCUGUUAACAUUUGGUGAUAUUGAAACUGAUAAAGAUGACAGACCUCUGGAUUCUCCUCCAAAAAUACUUUCUAUUGAGGUGUUGUGGAAUCCAUUUGAUGAUGUUUUUCCAAGAGCUGCACCUUCAAAAUCUUUGUCAUCAACUACUGUUGAAGCUGGCAACAAAGAUACAAAAAGGAAGGCUACAAAAAAGUUGAACUUGCUUUCAUUUGGAGAAGAAGCACAAGAAGAGGAGAAAGAACUUGCAGCUGUGAAAACUAAGAUAAAAAGUAGUCAUGAUGUUUUGAAUGAUCCUAGGCUCUUAAAAGAUGAAAAUGCAAAAGAUAAAUUGGAUCCAUCUGAAGAUAAAGCAAGAAGAGAUUUGCAAAAGAGUGUUAGAGAAGCUUUAAGCUCCAAGAAGGAAGAGUUACCCAAGGAUUCUGAUGCUGAGUCAGCAGGUGACAGUGAUGAUGACGAGGCAAACUUCGAUGCACGCAUGCGUCAGCAGAUUAUUAAAAAGAAGAAAGAGCUUGGUGAUAUACCAACCAAGAAAAAAGGGCAAAAAGAGAGUUUAAUGUCUAGAAGCCAUAAAAAGUCUCCACCAAGAUCAAAAGAUGAAAGGCAUGAUGAUAGGCCGAAAGUGGAUAAAUUGUCUUUGAAGAAAAAAGGAAUUGGAUCCGAAGUGAGAGCAGAACGUAUGGCCAAUGCAGAUGCAGACAUGCAGCUUCUAAAUGAACAUGAAAGAGAAAGACAAUUACAAAAGCAAAAAAGACGCAGGCGUCAAGGACACGAAGAAGAUGUGCUAGCUAAACUUGAGAAGUUUAAAACAUCCAUGUUUACAAAACCUGAUGCAUCUAAUGGUGAACAAGAGGGUAAAGCUGAAGAAGAUUUGUCUGAUUGGACUAAAGCCAAGUUGAAGUUUGUGGCUGAUAAGGAUAAUAUGACACGUAGGAAUGAUCCAAAUGACUAUGUGGUGCAUGACCCUCUUUUGGAAAAAGGAAAAGAAAAAUUCAACAAGAUGAUAGCAAAACAAAAGAAACGAGAACGAGAAUGGGCUGGAAAAUCUCUUACAUGAUAAUAUAUAUAUUCAACUUCAUGUAUUAUUUAUUAUACACUAUGUGGGACCAUGUCAUAGAGAAUCA